UGCGCUAGAGGGAAAUGCAGCUCCGGAGUCAAGACUCCGACUCUCCCGACUUUGAAUUUCAAAAACCCUAAUUCCAUCAGAAACUCGGCAUCAUUGCUUCUUCGUUCCCCCAACUUCUACAAAAUUCCGUUUUUCUAUAACCCAAACAAAACAAGCCUCAAUUCUCAAAAAAAAUUCAGAUUUUUGUUUUUUUGGGAAAUGGCGUUUUUUCAUGCAAGGAAAUAUCUACUCCUGUCGAGAAGCCUAUCUUCUUCUCUCUAUUCUUCUCGGUGGUUGCACGUGUGCGUCGUCGGCAGCGGACCUGCGGGCUUAUACACCGCAGAAAAGAUGUUGAAAGCACAUAAAGGAGCAGAAAUCGAUAUCAUCGACCGAUUGCCGACGCCAUUUGGAUUGGUCCGCUCUGGAGUUGCACCGGAUCAUCCUGAAACGAAGAUUGUGGUUAACCAGUUUUCUCGGGUUGCUUCUAACGAGCGGUGUUCCUUCUUCGGAAAUGUAUCUCUUGGAACCAGCAUUUCACUUUUUGAGCUUCGUGAGAUCUAUGAUGUGGUGGUGCUUGCUUAUGGUGCAGAAAGUGACAGAGUUCUUGGAAUUCCUGGGGAAGAUUUAAAAGGGAUAUACUCAGCUAGGGAAUUCGUUUGGUGGUACAAUGGACACCCAGACUACAACAAUCUCACUCCUGAUUUGAACAGCACUGAUACAGCUGUUGUUCUUGGUCAGGGUAAUGUUGCUCUGGAUGUUGCUCGUAUCCUUUUGCGACCAACUGCCGAAUUGGCAACAACAGAUAUUGCUGACCAUGCAUUAGUUUCACUGCAAGAAAGUUCUAUAAGGAGAGUGUAUUUGGUAGGGAGGCGUGGACCAGUACAGGCAGCUUGUACUGCAAAGGAACUACGUGAAAUUCUUGGUAUUAAAGAUUUAUAUGUUCACAUUCAGGAAGCUGAUCUACUCAAGUCAUCUGCAGAUGAGAAAGAAAUGAAGAACAGCAGAAUUCAAAGGCGGGUCUAUGAGUUAUUGUCCAAAGCGGCCACCUCCCAACAUGCUCAUCCAAUUUCUGGCCAGCGCGAACUCCACUUUGUUUUCUUCAGGAGACCAGACAGGUUUUUGCAUUCAGAUACUGGUGUUAAUGUUAGCGGUGUGCACUUUGAGAAGACCCACCUACAAGGUGACUCUGGGAAACAGUUCGCAGUGGGUACUGGGGAAUUUGAAGACCUUGACUGCGGGCUAGUGCUGAAAAGCAUUGGCUACAAGUCAGUGCCAGUCGACGGGUUGCCUUUCAAUCACCGUAAAGGUGUGGUUCCGAAUGUUCAAGGCCGAGUUUUGGGGGAUACAUCAGAACAUGCAAUCAUUGAGAAAGGCUUGUAUGUAGUCGGGUGGUUGAAGAGAGGACCUACUGGAAUCAUUGGCACCAAUCUCUUCUGUGCUGAGGAAACUGUAGCAAGCAUCUCCGAAGACCUACAGCAGGGGGUGUUGACACCCUCAUCUGAGCCACUAAAGCCAGGCCGUCAAGGCCUCCUUCAAGUUCUAGACAGUAAAGAUGUCAGAUACGUGCCUUUCAGAGGUUGGGAGAAGAUAGAUAUGAAGGAGAAGAUAGAUGGGAGUCUGAGAAACAAACCCAGAGAGAAAAUAACAUCAUGGGAAGAGCUAUUACAUGUUGCCGAUGGAUGAACCACAUUGUGAAAUUCAUGGCAUCCUGUUGCAGUUAUACAUGAUCUGUAUCUAGUUUCAACUCAGUUUCUGGGUAUUUUGAUAUCAACAUGGAGCUGCCAGAGGGAGCAGCAGCAUUUUGGGUAUAGAUUCACGCCUGUCCAUCUGUGAUUGAAGAGUAGAAAAUAGGUGAUGCAUUUUGAAAUAAUAUAAUCUAUAAUAUGAUAGGAUCCGUGUCUUAUGCA